AUGAAGCAAGCGAAGCUUGAAAAUACUGUCAAAGACUAUAACAAGCUGCUCGAAGAGAAAUUACAGACUGAGGAUGGUACAAUCAAGCGAAUGCUGGAGAUACAAAGUGGCAUACCAAUGGACCAACAAAGUCUUUUAGGAUGGCCAAACCAUCUACAGAUAAGUGACGAGAGUGUGCUGAGCACUUUAAACUUAAGAGAUGAGACAGCCCUGGUUCUAAUGAGCCGUGUGGUGAGAACACCUAAAGAAAGUCAACCAUGCUCAUUAAAAAGAAGUAUGAAUGGUGAAACUAGCUCUUCCUCAAAAAGCUGCAACUCUCUGGAAAAGAUCAUGUUAAACAUUCAGUUUGGAAGUAGGGAAUUUAACUUACCUUAUGCUUUAACAAAGACUAUAGGAGAGGUGAAGACUGAUAUUCUCUCGCUGUCUGGUGUUCCCUGUAGACAUCAAUGUUGGUCAGGCUGGCCUGGUGGGGUUACUGAUGAAAUGACGCUUGCAGAAGCAAAUCUUUCAUUUCCUGUGCAUAGCUUAAGAAUGAUUAAUGAAAGGGAGGCUGGUCCCUCCAAAGACAAAGAGACUAGAAAACCCAAGGAAAGGCAUGCAGAUAUUGAUAUGGAUGGGAAUGAUAGUAGUGACAACGAGGAUCCUUCGUUCCAUGUUGAUGAUGACGAAAUGUUCUGUGAUAUUCCAACAGCUAGGAGACAAAUAAGUGAGAUGUUGGAUGAGAACUGUGCAGACACUGCUGAAAAUUUAGUCAAGUUUACCACUCAGUUUGAGGAAAGGUAUGGUGAAAUACACCCUCAUUUUUACAUGGGUCCUCUAACAGAGGCCAUAAAGGAAGCAGGGGGAGCAUCAGCUAAAGAGAGGAGACCGUUACUUGUUUAUCUACAUCACGAUGGUAGCAUUUUAACAAAUGUAUUUUGUAGCCAAUUGAUCUGCUCGGACACUAUUGUGAACUACAUCAGUGGUAACUUUGUCGUGUGGGCCUGGGACAUGACCCAUGAUACAAACAGAACAAGAUUCUUAGACAUGGUGACGCAACACUUUGGUAGUGUGGCGGCGAGCACGGUCCGGGGAUUUGGGGCCGAGCAGUAUCCUCUUCUUUUAGUUGCAAUGAAAAACAGAUCAGCGAUGGAGAUUUGUUCAGUUCUACAAGGUACUGUUACCCUUGACGAGCUCAUGACUGGACUAAUGAGCGCACACGAAACAUUUCAACAAGCCAUGGACUUUGAAAUUAGGGAAGAGGAAGAAAGAGAAGCGAGGGAACUAGUAAAGAGAGAACAGGAUGAAGCAUACCAGGCCUCGCUCCGCCAAGACAGAGCUAAGGCGGAAGAGAAAAAACGACAAGAGGAGGAAGAAAUGCUGUCAAAAAAACUGCACGAAGAACAAGCGCUUCACGAAGCUCAGCUGAAAGAGGCUCAACGGUUAUCUCUGAUGGAUCACCUUCCCGCAGAACCUGGGCCUGAAUGCACAGCUCCAGUGUCCAAUCUCCGAUUUAGGCUGCCUAAUGGUGAUACUGUGACACGAAGAUUCCUUGCCAGCAAUCCACUCCAGGUUGUGUUAACGUUUGUACAGACGAGAGGUUUCCUAGACAGUGACUAUAAAGUAGUGACAAAUUUUCCACGGAGAGAUCUUUCGGCGCUGGAUACAACAAAAUCACUCCAAUCCAUUGGACUUUAUCCUCAAGAAACGAUAUUUGUUGAAGAGCGCUAGUUCUCGAACUUGUUUUAUUUUACCUGAAAAAAAAAAUUGUAAUAUAAAGAGAUGAAGGUGUGGGAUGCCUGAGGCCCGAAAUGCUGGGUUGUCUGUUCUGGACGUCUAAACCUGAGAAAAACAAGGCAUUCGAAGAACAGGAACAAAGAAAAAAAAUCGAUACCUUCAAACUACGUCUCCAUUUCUUGGAACAAUGAAUCCCAAAUGGAUUGAAAGGUCAAGAUUAAAGGGUCGUGAUUACCUAAUCAACAAUGAAGUCAAAAUGAAUGUACAUGCCUUUGACUAAAACCCCUUAUGGUCACAGGAGGAAAGUUUUGCGUUGAAAUUGUUCGCUUAUAUUUUCAAAUUUUUAAAUUAAAUUAUAUUUAAUUGGUACAAAGAGAA